AUGGCCGAUGGUACUCGCUAUCUGGACCACCCUGUCGGAGAUUUCUACCUCAACUCUCUCAUAUCGAAAGAAACCACCGCCAACGACGCCGCCCUACUGAACCUCCUCAGCCGCUUCGUUCCGAAAGACCCUUCUCCAAACCCUUCUUCCAACCCGAACCCACGGGCCAAUCUGCUAGGGAUGUUCUCCCAGAAUCACCAGCAGGGCCACAACUCCCGCAUCAAUGGGGCUCCCGGCGGCCGGGGCAUUCCCAUGCUUUACAACUACCAACAACAACAGCAACAACACCACCAGACUCACCUUCAGCACCAUCAGGCUGCCCAGGCGGAACAUGCCGCUCACAAUGGCAACGGCGGCGUCAUGGGCCACCACGCGGCCUUCUCGUCCGGCGUCAUAACAAAUUCUAGCCCGUACAGCAACAACGCCCUCCAGAACGGCCAGGGGGGCGGCAACAGGGGAGGACAAGCGCAGCAAAUUACCGAGCACUGGGCGGAGCAACUCCGACUGUUUGAGGAAUCGAAGCAAGCCCACCGCGCCAUGACCGAGCAGAACCAACCGCAUUACUACGCCAGGCUAAAGGCCUCCGAGAAUCGGGGCAUCGCCGGGCCCCCACCCUCCUCAGGCAAAGCUGCAGGGGAUGACGAGACGGAAGAUAGAAGAAGGCCGUACAGCUUGGAAAAGAUAAAGGAACGGCAGAACUGGCACAAUAUGGACCUCAGCGGCCAAGGACUUCGAAACCUCGCACCCGCCCUCUUCCGUUACCAAUUCCUCCACGAUCUCUUCAUUGCUUCCAACAGGUUGCAGACCCUCCCUCCCGCCAUCGGUCAGCUGCGCCAACUGAGGUAUCUCAAUGUCUCCUUCAACCAGAUCAAAUUCCUUCCUCCCGAGCUCGGCAUGUGCACCUACCUCAACCAGCUGCUCCUUUUCGACAACCAAAUCCAAACCCUCCCAUUCGAGUUGGGCUCCCUACACCUGCUGGAGGUCCUGGGUAUCGAGGGCAACCCCCUUGACUCCGAUAUGAAGCAGGAGAUCAUGGAGAAGGGCACCAAGAGCUUGAUUAACCUCCUCAAAGAGCAAGCUCCAGUGCCACUUCCCCCGACCCCCCGAAAGCUUAUCACCGUGCAGGAAGACGUAGCACCUACUUUGGAAAGAGUCAGGGUCUUCUCCUGGAACGUUCUGUGCGACAAGUACGCGACGCCGCAAACAUAUGGAUACACGCCGACAGGUGCUUUGAACUGGGAAUACAGGAAGGCCUGCAUCAUGGACGAGCUGCGCGAGAAGGACGCCGAUCUGCUAUGCUUGCAAGAAAUUUCAACCGAGGCCUUCAAGGAGGAGUUCAGCCCCGAUCUUGCACAGAUGGACUACAAAGGCAUCCAUUGGCCCAAGACCCGAGCGAAGACGAUGGCGGAGAAGGACGCACAAGGUGUCGACGGAUGCGCAACGUUCUACAAGGCCAGCAAGUGGAUUCUUCUGGACAAGCAGGUCAUCGAGUUCGCUGCCAUCGCCAUCAACCGCCCGGAUAUGAAGAAUCAGCACGACGUAUUCAACCGCGUCAUGCCAAAAGACAACAUCGCCGUCGUCGCAUUCCUCGAGAGCCGAGUCACAGGCUCGCGCAUCAUCCUCGUCAACGGACAUUUGGCCUGGGAAUCUGUCCUGGCUGAUGUCAAGCUUAUCCAGACGGGUAUCCUAAUGGAGCAGAUUACGAAGCUGGCCGAGAAGUACGUUCGCUGGCCGGCACUUAAGGACAAAAAGCCAAUCGUCUUCUCUGCUACUAGCAAGGACGGAGAUGAACCGCCUCCGCCAGCCAAGGAGCCUGCGCCAAGCCAGGAGUACCGCAACAACACCGACAUUCCUCUACUUGUGUGUGGUGAUUUCAACUCAACAGAAGACAGCUCCGUCUACGAGCUCCUUUCGAUGGGAAGAGUGCCCCCGAACCACCAAGAACUGUCGAGCUUCCAGUACGGUAGCUUCACACGGGAUGGUAUUGAGCAUCCGUUUAGCCUGCGUGACGCCUACGCACACCUCAAGAACACCCCCGACGAAAUGCCCUUCACCAACUACACUCCUGGCUUCUCUGACGUCAUUGACUACCUCUGGUACUCGACCAACACGCUCGAGGUGGUUGACCUGCUCGGCCCGCCCGACGCCGAAUACCUCAAGCGUGUGCCAGCGUUCCCCAACUACCACUUCCCGGCCGAUCAUAUUCAGAUCAUGGCCGAAUUCGUCAUCAAGGCUAGAAAGGAAAAGAAGUCGCACCCGGAGCCGGAUUUUGGAUCAGGAAGCCAGGGGCAAGGCCGGUAG